AGCCCGGCUUCCUCUCCGCUGGCUCCUCCCCGAGGGGAAGCCCUGGGACUUCUCUCCUGGGACUUCCUGCAGGUCGGUCCCCGUUGCACCUGGACACAGCUGCUGCCUGCAGGAGCCGCCUGGGACAGCAGUCCCCAGAGCUGGCCAGGGGAUGAACCGCGAGGGGGCUCCCGGGAAGAGUCCGGAGGAGAUGUACAUUCAGCAGAAGGUCCGGGUGCUGCUCAUGCUGAGGAAGAUGGGAUCAAACCUAACGGCCAGCGAGGAGGAGUUCCUGCGCACCUACGCGGGGGUGGUCAACAGCCAGCUGAGCCAGCUGCCGCAGCACUCCAUCGACCAGGGUGCAGAGGACGUGGUGAUGGCGUUUUCCAGGUCGGAGACAGAGGACCGGAGGCAGUAGCUACGAAUCCCAGGGAACAUCCUGAAAGCUGGCGUCGGCCAAGAGAUCUGUGUGGACCUCAUCUGGCUGAGUGGCAGCGGGUCCCCUUCCCCAUUCCCCUUCUACACCCCACCCACCCCACCCCACCCCCCGGCCACUCAGCAGGGCUGGCAUCGAGGGAAACACCGGUGGUGCAGUUAUGAUUGGCUUCAAGGGACGGACUCAUGAUUGGCUUCAGGAAGAAACCUUUUUAUUUUUAAAUCUUGACCAACGGAAACCUUUUAUUUUUAUUUCUGACUCUUAUUUUUUAAAUUUGCGCCUCGGGUACAUGGCUUCCCAGGAAGCUCUCCGAGCUCUGGUGCUUUCUUUAUUUAGGUCACUUUUUAGGAACGUGAAGAGGUCCGAUUGGCUGCUCAGACUCGAAAAGGAUUUUGAUUGGCUGGCUAAUGGGAAACGAUUUUUUUCUUGAAUGGCUGCAGGUGUUCUGCUGAUAGCAACAGCUUCUCUCUUGAAUGCUGAAUACAGGGUUUGGGACAUUGGUUGUUAUAUUUGACUUGAAAAAAAGAGAAAGAAACCAAAUGCGCUUUGCAAUAUUUAUUACACAGCUGGCUGCUUUCACGUGUUUUGUUUGUGUUUGCAUUCGAUUGUGUGUUUGGUUCCCCAUUGGCUCCCCCAUGACUCCCGUUGCUCUGCCCCCCAUCCGCUCCCCCUCUGCUGCACGCAGUCCCUCUGCAGCCCCGGGGGAACCUGGAAAGUGCAUUUGCUUUAGUGACCACACCUGACUCCACCAGUAAGGGGACCUCGAGGACCCCAAGCGGCAUCCGCAGCUGGAAAAUGGGGCCCCCAAGGAGGUUUGUGUUGUCCUGGAGGAGCAGCGGGAGCUGAGCAGUGACCAGCCAUCAGCCAGGAUUUAUGUGCAUCACUUCCAGGCUGGCAGCCAGCCAGCUUCCCCGGACAGGAAUGGAAGGCCCGCUGCGCCGGCCCCCCGCCUGACCGAGCUGAGCAGAGGCUGCCCCAGGCAGCUCUGUCGCAUCCAUUCUCUGCGUCUGCUUCCUGAGGCCUCAUCUGGGGGUCCUCCUGGAAAAGGCAGGAGCUGCUCCCCCAGUUGUGAGACCCCACAGUGUCUGCCCAGGAGCCCGGAACCCACACAAAGACCCCAGCAUGACUCAAAGCCUGCGAGUCCUUUGCCUCCAAUCACCCACCCCUGACCGCCCCCAGCCAGGCUCCCAAGGUGUGUGCUGCUGGAACGGUAGGUCCCGGCCAGCACUCCGGUUCUCUCAUCCGGGCCUGUGCCUCUCCGUACACCUCCUUCCCAAAGGCCCCUCCGCAUCAGCCUGGAAGGGACGGCGUCUUUUCUGAAGGGCUUCAGUGAGCAAGGCCCCAGGCUGGUCCUCAGCGCCGGCCCCAGAGCACAUUGCAGAGCCCGGUCUUGGAUGGCUGUGGGCACCCAAGUCUUCCCACCUGCCCUCCCCCUUCCCCUGAGGCAGCCUGCCCUUCUCCCCUCUCCUCUCACAGGACGCCCCCUGGGGAGGUGGCAGAAGAUGCAGGCCCAGGGAGGGGAACUCGCCCCCUCGCCCUAAGGUAGACGCCCGUCCUUGCCCCGGAGCGAGAGCCAGAGAAGACUCGGCCACAUUCCCCCUUCUCAGGGCUUGGGGCUGCCAUGGAGCACAGGGGCCAAAUGUUAGUGUGUCCUAGGCCUGAGCCUGGGAGAGCCCUACAACGGGGGGUGGGGGUGUAGCGGGGAGGGAGGGUGUCACACUGCUGAUCUUGCCCCAGAAGCAGGACUUGAGUGUCAUGGCCUAAACACCGUGUCCUCCUCCACGCAUGGGCCCCUGGCCCUGGUUAGCCGACCAUUAACUGCAAAGGCCAUUGAUCCCCAGGGACAAGGACUGUGGGGACCCCACCAGGGGCCUCAGAGCAUCUUCCAGGGGAAGGAAGAUGCAUGUGUGAGAGCACACACAAGCACACACACAAGCGCACACACACUCCGUCAGUGGGCCGCAGCUCCGGGGGCCCUGGGGAAAGGUGAGUCUCCAGCCCCCCGUUAUCGUAGAUGCCGGUGUUGCUGGCUGCCCGCUCUUUGUACCUGCAGCUCCCAGGAAGGGUCCAUGUCCUGGCCCAUGUGUUCUCCACCCCAGCCCGUCCGCGUCAAGGUCAUGGGCCUCCCUCUUGUAACAGUGAUUGCCCUGAUCUGUCUCAUCUUCUGAAGAAGAAAAGGCAAAGUGUUGCCGUGGCUUCUUAUUUUCACUAAAAAUAUACCUGUCAGAGAAAAAAAAAUGAGCAAUAAAGAUGUUUAAUACCUUG